UCGUUGCUCAGUGUCUUCCUCCCAUGUUUUUGAAAGAAAUCAAGCCAAUUUGCUCAGGUUUCAAGGGGUUAAAACAUUACCUGCGAACAAUUCAAAUGGCUGCAUUGAGCUACCACGUUGUUCUGAGUCAUUCCGUGCCUUUGCGAUAUUUGCUGUUUGUAAACUAAAUAAAUAAAAGCAGCUGCAGUGUAAAGUCCCGUAAUCUAUAAGAAGUCUUUGAGUCGUAUCUAUAAUGUUUUUAAAGGGGCGUGAAUGCAGCGCUUCCCAUUGACCAGGCAUCCCUUCCGGUAGAUGAGGUCAACUUUUCCCUAGAUCCGCCAUUUCAGUCCCGGAGUUUCUUGUUGCACAUUAGUUUUGAAUUUUAUUUUUUGUCAUUUUAACAUUUUAGCAGUUGAGUAUUGAGUAUAGCGGUGCGACAGAAGUUUCCCCAACUUAAACACAUUAACAAUACUCGUGGAAGUUGCCGAAAUUGUGGUAUUAAACGGGUUUUUUUUCGGGGGAAGCGUUAGUCUACCAAAGUUUUUGUAUGAGUUGCGGAUAGGGAGAGGCGAAGGGGAAAGGCCUCAAGCCUCGGACGGGAUUUCACAGCCAUGGCCGGUAAUUUUGAUGCCGAAGACCGCUCUAGCUGGUACUGGGGCAAGUUAAGCCGCCAGGAAGCAGUUUCUUUUUUACAGGGACAGAGACAUGGCGUUUUCCUGGUGAGAGACUCAAUAACCAGCCCUGGUGACUACGUGCUGUCCGUCUCAGAGAACUCCAAAGUGUCCCAUUAUAUAAUCAACAGCAUCAGCAACAACCGGCAAUCUGGCACAGGUUUGGCUCCGCCUCGGUUUCGGAUCGGGGAUCAGGAGUUUGAGGCGCUGCCGUCCCUGCUGGAGUUUUAUAAAAUCCACUACCUGGACACCACCACCCUCAUAGAGCCCAUAAACAAAGCCAGGCACGCAGGAUUGAUCAGCUCCUCCUCUGUCGGCGCCCCGCAGCAGCCCGAGGAGGCCGAGUUUGUACGAGCGCUAUUUGACUUCCCUGGCAACGAUGAGGAGGACCUCCCCUUCCGCAAGGGCGACAUCCUGCGGGUCCUGGAGAAGCCCGAGGAGCAGUGGUGGAACGCUGCUAACCAAGAUGGCCGAGCCGGGAUGAUCCCUGUACCCUACGUGGAGAAGUACCGGCCUGCCUCGCCCACUGCUGCCGGCCUGGGUCCCCCUGCUGCGGGGACUGGACAGGGGGGGCAAGUUGGAGGGGUAGUGGGCAGCACAGACGGAACAGGGGCCCCUCAGGCGAACCCUCCGGGGGACCCAGGCCAGUACGCUCAGCCUGUGGUCAAUGCUCAGCUUCCUAACCUACAAAACGGGCCCGUGUAUGCCCGAGCCAUUCAGAAGAGGGUGCCCAACGCCUACGACAAGACAGCGCUCGCUCUGGAGGUGGGAGACAUGGUAAAAGUGACCAAGAUCAACGUGAACGGCCAGUGGGAGGGUGAGUGCAAGGGCAAACGAGGCCACUUUCCCUUCACCCAUGUUCGACUUUUGGAACAACACCAUCCUGAUGACGAGAGCUGAGAAACACACGCGCUCCGCAUCACCUCGACAGUGUCCAGCACAUCCCUUCUCUUUGGUCAUUUCGCUACGCUCGGAAUAAAAAAAGAUUUAUACAAGCACACAAGUACAUGAACCUUUGAGCUCAGCCAAUCGGGCGCUCCCGACUCUGCCAACACCAGACGUGUCGGGUCAUCUUCAAGAGUUUACACUAAGGUCAGACUGAUAUCGGUUCGCCCAUAUUAGCUUUUUUUAAAGUCAGCAUUACACACAUUCCUCCUUGACUACUUCUCCAAAGGCUGCGAUAUUUCUCGUAUUCAGAUAGAUAGCAGCAUUUAUUUGUUAACUAUUUAUUAAUGUUACAUUUUUAUAAAAAAGCACACGUGUUUUGUUUCAUGCAGAACUUCAUGGGAAGCUCAGUUAUCGCAGAUAUCACAGAUUUAGGUAAAUUUAUCCUUGCUUAGCUCCACGACUGAAAGCAGAGGUUUAACACAAACGCAGCUGGGCUUUGGAGCUGAUUUGGCAAAACGGCCAAACAGUGUUUUAACAAUUUCAGGAGCCGCCAAAAAAAAAGAUGUUUACUUACAUUGUGAAAAUGACGUUUGUAAAUCAGCUAAGAUUUUUUUGUUGUUGAGAUACAUCAACUUCCCAACAUGAACCUAUAAAUAGCCCUUAUUUGAAUCCUGUCAUAUAAGUUUUAAAAUUCAGUAAUAGCCAAAUGAAGAGUAAUUAUCAGCCGUUUUUCAUUUGAGCAAGCCCGACACCGAGCGAUUGGUAGGCGGGGCCAAAGGAAACACGAGUGUGUGUGCGCUCUAUGGUCAGGUAGAUGUUGAGGAUUCAAGUAAUGUUGAACUUCUGUCGGCUUUAUACGCCACUGAGCAGCUUUCAUAGGAAUGAACAGCGCCCCGCCUCCAGCGGCGUCUCCAGUUCUCUUUAUAUGUUCGUUGAUAAACUAGCUGAGUCAUGAAAAAAAAUUGGACACAAACUCCAAAGCCGUUUUAUGUAUUUUUUGUACUAUUUAGCAGGUUUAAAAGUGAGACACUGUUUUUUUUCAGGGGCUUUCACAUCUAACCUGUUUGGUUUAAACAAACUGGCAAGCAAAAGCUGUUUAUUGAACUCUGACAUUAGGGUUGCAGUGACAUACAGGUUUCAAGGUUUACUGAGGUAUGAAAACUGACAUAUAUCACACCGUGUGCAUGGAGAAUCUCACAUUUUUGGUUAUUUUCAAAAGGGAGACUUUUUACACAUACUGUUUUUAAAAAACAGUUUCAGUUCUAGUGAUAAAAUGUUUAACCACAAAAGCCCUUCUGUUUUCAUCCCUGUGAGGGUCAUUAUAACUGAUGCUAAUAUUAAUUCUGCAAUACCAUGGUAUUUUCUUAGCUGGUAUUGUACCAUGAAAAUCUAAUAGCGCUGCAACCCUACUUACAAGAGACUCCUUAGGUUAUGAUUUCUGUCCUACUUUGAGUAUUUUAUCAUUUCUUCAUUAAAAAGUGAGU